AUGUCUUCACAAAAAAUUGUAUUUGUUUCAGGAGCCACUGGAUUCAUUGCUCAACAUAUUGUUAAACAAUUGAUUGAAAAAGGUUAUAAAACAAUUGGAUCAGUUAGAUCUACAGAAAAAGGAGAAGAUUUGAAAUCAUUAUUACAAGAAGCAGGUUUACAAUUUGAUUUAUUUAGUUAUGAAAUUGUAAAAGAUAUUACAGCAAAGGGAGCUUUUGAUCAAGCUUUAAAAUCAAAUCCUGAUAUAACUGAUUUUUUACAUACUGCAUCACCAUUUUUUUUUGAUGUUAAAGAUGUUGAAAAAGAAUUAUUAAAACCAGCUAUUGAAGGUACUGUUAAUGCACUUAAUGCUAUAUAUACAUAUGGUAAAAAUGUUGAAAGAGUAGCUAUUACAAGUUCUUAUGCUGCAGUAGCUGGAUUUGGUGAUUUAGCAACUCCAGGUAAAGAAGUUAAUGAAGAAUCAUGGAAUCCAAUCACUUAUGAUCAAGCUAAGAGUGAUGGUUUUACUGGUUAUAUUGGAAGUAAAAAAUUAGCAAAUGAAAAAGUAGUUGAAUUUAUAAAAGAACAUAAUCCACAAUGGGCAGUUACUGUCAUUUGUCCAGUUUUUGUAUUUGGUCCACAAGCUUUUGAAGUUAAAGAUAAAUCAAAAUUAAAUACUUCAAAUGAAGUUAUUAAUGCAAUUAUAAAAGCUGGUAAAGAAGGUACUGAUGUUGAACAACAAUUAGUCGGUUAUUUCAUUGAUGUACGUGAUGUUGCUCAUGCUCAUGUUAAAGUAGUUGAACCAGGUAAUAAAUUAGCUAAUCAAAGAUUAUUAUUAUCAGAAGGUCCUGUUUCAACUCAAAAAAUUUAUGAUAUUAUUAAAAAAGAUUUCCCACAAGUACCAAUACCAAAACUUGAUCCUUCAAAAGCUCCAAAAUUUGAAGAUUCCGAAAGUAUUAUUAAUAAUAAGAAAACUAGAGAGUUAUUAGGUUUUAAGUUUAUUGGUUUGGAAGAAUCAAUUGAUGAUACUAUCAAACAAAUUAUUUAA